AUGGCAACGGUCGAGAGACCUCAUCUGGCUGUGCACAACAUCGCCGCGGCCGUGUCAGAGCUCGGACUUGGACUUGGGCGCGAACCGCCGUCCAUCGAGACAGAGCACCGUGGCGGGCAGUGCCACGUCUUCCAGCUGACCUUCAAGGACAAGGAAAGGGACAGCCUCGCGGUCCGCGUGCCACUGUACAUGCCCGGCGACGACGCGAAGAUUCAUGCCCUGGAGGCCGAAGUGAAGACGCUCCAAAUUCUCGAAGCCAAGCAGUUUCCCUGGGCUCCGCGAUGCCGCGGAUACAGCCUGACUUUUGCCAAUCCCAUCCAGCAUCCGUUUGUCGUGUUGACGUGGAUUGCGGGCUCGCCGCUCCAGUGGGACGAUCACGUGCCGCCGCCGCCGUUACGCGAGCGACUGCUUGCGCAGUUGGCUUCCUUUCAGCUGUCACUCGUCGAGUGCACGCUUGCAUCGAGCGUUCCUGCGGCUGCCUUCUUCGAGAGGAUUAUGGCGAAUCGACGUAAACGCGUUCAGGACGGAAAACUCCCCGGCCUCUCCGAUCAGGACUGCCUUGAUCAGCAACGUCUUCUCUCCACUGUCCUCGGCGACGAAGGCAUGUCAGAAACUGCGCUUGCCAUGGAUCACGGCGAUUUGCAGCCGGACAACAUUAUUGUCGAUGCAGACGGCAACAUGCAAAGCGUCAUCGACUGGGCCUUUGCAGGCAUGGUUCCUAUCGCACGUGCUGCAGGACUUCCUCGCUUUUUGUGGCCAUCCGAAAGUCUCGGCUUCGCCUCAAGUCCUGCGACCCAACGGGACAGGCAAGUGUACACUGCGUCGUAUGCGUCCCAGCCAUCCCAGGCGGCUGCUUACAUGCGACGCUGGCAAGGCGGCAACGACAUGGAUCUCCGCACGCUGUAUCUAGAGUCGAUUUUCAGCAAAGGCAUGCACUCGAGCCUGGCGCAGCUGGGAUGGCAGCCAAUUUCGGGGCAGAAUGAACGUCAACCGAGUUUUAAAUAA